AUGAAGCCCACCACCAAGUUUAUCCUCCUCCAUCCUUCCAUCCAAAAGCAAGCCGGUACCGGUGUCGGUGGUGCUGGUGGAGCUCCUCAUCCUCACCACCGUCUCUGGCUUUUCACUCUUCUCUCCCUUCUAUCCUUCGCAUUAACAUUUUCCCUCUUCUCUACACUCCCUUACUCCAGAACCACCGCUUCCUCCGCCACUGCCGCCGCUUCAUCACCCCCCUUACCCAAACCCGUAUUCGACGCCCUCCUCCACUACGCCGGAACCACAUCAAACUCCACAAACCCAUCGCGUAUGUCGUCGGCUGAACUCAACGCCAUAGCUUCCGUCCUCCGCCGCUGCUCCUCCCCCUGCAACCUACUUGUUUUCGGUCUCACCCACGAAACCCUCCUCUGGCACGCCCUUAACAUCAACGGCCGGACGACAUUCGUCGACGAGAGCGCUUACUUCAUUUCAAAACUCGAAGAGAAAAACCCAGGGAUCGAAGCUUACGACGUUCAAUUCACAACCAAAGUGAGCGAUCUACACGAAUUAAUCGAGUAUUCGAAAUCGGAACGCCGGAAUGAGUGUAAGCCUGUACAGAACCUCCUCUUCUCCGAAUGUAAAUUAGCCAUUAAUGACUUACCAAACCACGUAUACGACGUCGCUUGGGACGCCAUUCUGAUCGACGGCCCACGUGGGUAUUUUCCAAAAGCACCUGGAAGACUGUCGGCUAUAUUCACCGCCGGCGUACUCGCCCGGAGCAAAACCUCCGGCGCCGACAAGACCCAUGUGUUUGUUCAUGAGUUUGAUAGAGAAAUGGAGAGAGUGAGUAGCAAUGAGUUUCUCUGCAGCGAGAAUCUGGUGGAGACGGUGGGUUUAUUGGGGCAUUUCGUGGUGGAAAAGAGGAAUCAUCGUGUAAAUAAUUUUCAAUUCUGCCGGAAACCGCCAUCGUCGGCGGCGGCAGCGGAGUAA